CAUAGUACAAAGGUAUUGAUUGGUCGAUCCUGAAAUGAAGUAGAAAAUAAAAAGCGAAAGUAGAAUUUGCACGUGUGGUGGCGUUGACAGUUGUCCAUUGGAAGUUGAGUAAUAUAUCCUAAUUCAGAUGCAUAGACCAGUGUUGACUCUACUGACAAGAAGAAUUAUGUCUACAUUUGCACAAAAUCCAGUUGAAGAAUCCAUAAGCAAGAAACUAGCCAGUAAAUUUCAACCACAACACUUAGAAGUUAUAAAUGAAAGUUCCAAACAUAAUGUCCCAAAGGGUUCAGAGACCCACUUUAAAGUGAUUGUCAUAAGUGAUGAAUUCGAGGGUAUGCCUCUCAUUCAGAGACACCGUUUAGUCAAUGAGAUUUUGAAGGAAGAGCUGGAAAAUGGAGUACAUGCUCUUUCUAUAUUGGCAAAAACGCAGGCCCAGUGGGAGGACUCAGGUCAUCAUGUGAGCAAGUCUCCACCCUGUCGUGGUGGUACUGGCUUGUGACUCCGGUCAUCAUGUGAGCAAGUCUCCACCCUGUCGUGGUGGUACUGGCUUGUGGUUCAUUCAGUAGUGCAUUAUCAACACAAAACUUAUUAUUGAAGUGAUGAAAUAUGGCCAUUCACCAACAUCCAGAACUGACAAGUGAUUGGUGCAUUAUCAUUGAAAUACAUGAAUUGAACAAAUAUUCUUUGAAAUUUAAAAUAGCUGCAGCAUCAUGAUCUGUAGUAUGUAGAGUUACAGAACACUAUACUUCCAUUGGUAUGAACACAUUUUAUGCUCGGCUGUGGACUUGCGGUUUUUGUGAUACAAAAUGUCUAUUAUAGUUGACAAAUAAAACAUAAAAGAAAUGUA